AUGCCGAAGACGAAGAGAAAGAAAAGGGUCACAGCGGGGAGGAAAGUUGAAAUCGAGGCUCCAGACAAGGCAGAGAGCAGUUCGAAAGAGCAGAAAGCUACCACGUCUACUAUAACUCCUGCAGACCAUGUCGCAACGUACGAUUUGUCCAAGGAAGCCCAAGCUUUGGUGUCCAGCGUCAGCCAAGACAGCCAUGCGAUGACACUUGCACACGAAUUCCGAGACCUCUGCAGCCGGCACGCCAAUCCUUCCAACGCCGCCGCCAUGAGGCAGUACAUGCGGAACAAAUUCGCCUUUUUCGGGCUGAAGGCCCCGGAGAGACGUCAGCUGCAGAAGAAAUUCACCUCGGCGCACAGAGACGAGAUAGUUAGCCGACCUUUCUUGCUUCGUUUCGCAAUGUCACUCUGGGAGCAGGAAGAAAGGGAGUGCCAGCUGUACGGAGUGGAUCUGAUGUCGGAAUUCCGCAGGGAGGCACUGGGAGAAACUGAUGCGGACUUUGCAGAGGCUGUGGCGUGUGCUGAGGUUCUGAUCACGACCAAGAGUUGGUGGGACACUGUGGACAUGCUGGCGUCACACAUGGUGGGCUACAUGGUGAGUCAGAGAAAAGAAAAGGGAGUAGCUCUUAUGGAACAGUGGAUCGCCAGCCCAUGUCUGUGGCUCAGAAGAACUGCAUUGCUUCACCAGCUGAACUACAAAGCAGAGACAGACGUGAAGGUACUGUUCAAGUUCUGCCUCGCUGUGGCCGGCGAAGAAGAGUUCUUUAUUCGCAAGGCCAUUGGCUGGGCUCUGAGGCAGUACUCCUGGACCGACAGCAAUGCAGUGAGGCAGUUUGUGGAGACUAACAGAGACUCCCUCUCAAAACUGUCUGUCAGAGAGGCCUCGAAACACCUCUGACUCCUCACCAGCACUCUUUCAAAGCACAAGUCAAGAUCACCCAUCUAAUAAUGUAAUCUCUAUCACCCCACACAAAUUUGUGAAUACAAGAAUGAAUGCAAGCGGUUUUAAGCUUUGAACCGCUUUUCGUACUGGCACAGUAUGGUAAUCAGAAGUCGAGAUCCCCCACCCAAUUUAUGUUCAUAUAUAGCCUCCCACACAUUUUUAGGUACUAGAA